UCCCUGUAUUCCAUAUUUUUGAGUCUCCAGUUCUCUCCUGAGUUUUUGUGUCUUUGAGUGUUUUUGCCACAGCAAUAAAGCUGCCUCUUUCAGUUCAUCCUUUUGUAUCUGCGCCCUGUAAUUUGGAUCCUCAUUCUACCUGCUGCACAGCCGGACCUGAAAAGUUCUUCACGCAGUCAGAGUUGAAGUAACACUUCUGUCUAAAUACUCUCUUCACUGUAAUCCAGAUCUCCUAACAUGAUGCUCUGCUCCGGACUCAGCAGCACACUGUUGCUGGCAGCAACCUGUUCACUCAUCACUUCAGGCUUUAUCAGAGCUCAAGUUUCCGUUCCUCCUCCUGUGACCCCCAUAUCCACAGGGAGAGUGGUCACCUCUAACGGCCUCAGUGUUCCUCGCCUGAGCUGUGUGGGUGGAAUGAUCAUUGUGAGGUCAGCUGAGUACAGAUGUAGAGGUGGAGUAACCUGCUCUCACGGUGACACUGUGAACAACGUGAGGAACAGCUGUGAUGGAAAAACCGAGUGUGACAUAAAGUCAAACAUUACUUAUGAUCCUGGAGUCUGCAAAUACCUGGAGACCACCUACGACUGCUUCCCACGCCAAAGUGUAAUAUGUGAAGGAUCUCAGGCAAACCUUCAGUGUGAUGAAGGACAGGUUAUAGUCGUCUCCUGGGCGAAUUAUGGUCGCCGUGACACGACCACGUGCCUUGAUGGAGACCCUAAUCACGUCAAAAAUGUUGACUGCUCCUGGUCAGGAAGCAUGAACUAUGUAACUACCAGGUGUAAUGGGACAAACAGCUGUACUGUUGAAGCAAAGAGCCCAGACGACCCGUGUGGUGGCACUUAUAAGUACCUGGAGGUGUUUUACACUUGUCAGACUCCUUCCUGCCCUGCUGGUUGGACUUGGUUUGGAGGUCGCUGUUUCCUCUUUGAUAGCAGUCAGAAGAACUGGACUGAUGCUGAGAGUUCCUGUCAGACACUCGGUGGAAAUCUGGCCUCAUUCCACAGCACAGCUGAGUACACCUUCAUCAGAGAGCUCAUUUACACAGCAGCAGGGUCGUAUCCAACAGCUUGGGUUGGAGGCAACGACAGAGAGAAUGAAACUGUGUGGAAGUGGAGUGAUGGUUCCCAGUUUGACUUCACAAACUGGGGCAGUGGACAACCUGACAACUCUGGAGGAGGAGAAGAUUGUAUGGAGAUAAACUUUAGAGGAGGAGAUUUUGUCAACGACUCAGGAUGUAACUCACAGAGAGGGUUUGUUUGUGUCAGAGGUCCAUAACUGCUCCUUCGUGUCCUGACACGUCUGACAUGAUGAUGUCACAGCCUCACUGCUGAUGUCACUUCCAGCAGGAUGUCAAGCCUCGAUGACAUCACUGCUGGAUUCUGUUGAUAAAUAUGAUUUCAUAUCACGAUAAACAGGAAAAUAAAUUCAAUAAAAUUUAAAGGAACUGAACUGUUGACCUGAAAGUGAGUCAUUCAUGCUUCAAAUCAUCAUCUGAUCAUUUUAAUAAACCUCAAAAUGCUUUCUGUCUCCCUGCAGCUGUGAUGGAAAAAUAUGUGUGACAUAAAUACACCAUCAGUACUUCUGAUCCUGGGAUCUCAUCACCUGAUGCUGAUAACGCAGUUAUGUUUAAAUCUGAAGAAAAGAAUAAGCUUAAUCGUAUUUGUGUAAAAUUAUAUAUUUAUCUUUUUUUGCAACUUUACCAGCUUUACUUAUAAAGCACUUUAACACAA